AGUGUUCAGGAUGGGCUCAGAGGGACAGCAGGACAUUGAGAUGUCCAUCCUCACAGCUCUGCUCAAAGGUACAAAUGCGUCAGCGUCCGAUCAACUGAGUCUGGCUCUGGCCUGGAACCGAGUGGACAUCGCUCGCAGUCAGAUCUUUGUGUAUGGACUCCACUGGCCUCCGGUGAGCGCUUCACCCACCGACAGGCCUAAAAGUCCGGCAGCUCAGCGAGCAACAGCACCAGGAGGAGGAGGAGCAGGGAAAGGGAAAGCAAGGGGGAAGAAAGGAAAAGGAGGCAAAACCAAACCUGAACCCCCCGAGGAGACCGACCCCCGGAAACUGGAGCUGCUCAACUGGGUGAACUCUCUGGAACAGGCUAUGAUGGACGCUCUGGUGUUGGACAGGGUGGACUUUGUCAAGCUUCUGAUUGAGAACGGCGUCAACAUCCAUCACUUCCUGACUAUCCCUCGUCUGGAGGAGCUGUACAACACGAAGUUGGGCCCGGCCAACACGCUGCACUUUGUGGUCAGAGACGUGAAAAAGGGGAAUCUCCCCCCAGACUACCAGAUCACUCUGAUCGAUAUCGGCCUGGUGCUGGAGUUCCUGAUGGGCGGAGCUUACCGCUGCAAAUACACCAGGAAGAGCUUCAGGGCGCUUUACAACAACCUGUACGGACUGAAACGACCGAAAGCUCUGAAACUUCUUGGGAUGGAGGACGACGAGCCCCGUCCGAAGGGUAAAGGAAAGAAGAACAAGAAGGAGGAGGAGGUGGACAUCGACGUGGAUGACCCCGAAGUCAGCAGGUUUCAGUACCCGUUCCACGAGCUGAUGGUGUGGGCCGUGCUGAUGAAGCGCCAGAAAAUGGCACUGUUCCUGUGGCAGCGGGGCGAGGAGGCCAUGGCCAAGGCUCUGGUGGCCUGUAAACUCUACAAGGCCAUGGCCCACGAGUCGUCCCAGAGCGAGCUGGUGGACGAUAUCUAUCAGGACCUGGAGAACAACUCCAAGGAGUUUGGUCAGCUGGCCUACGAGCUGCUGGAUCAGUCGUACAAACACGACGAGCAGGUGGCCAUGAAGCUGCUGACCUACGAGCUGAAGAACUGGAGCAACUCCACCUGUCUGAAGCUGGCUGUCGCAGCCAAACACCGAGACUUCAUCGCACACACCUGCAGCCAGAUGCUGCUAACGGACAUGUGGAUGGGCUGCCUGAGGAUGGGCAAGAGCAACAGCCUCAAGGUGAUUUUAGGGAUCGUUUUUCCUCCUGCGAUUCUCCUCCUGGACUUUCGUCUGGCAGAUGAAGCCUCGAAUCAUUUGUCCAAAGAGAACGACGACAGCAGAUCUAAAGACGACAACAAAUCCAGCAAGGACGCCGUCUCCAACAUUGACGCUACGUCGAAGAAAGGAGACGAAGAAGAAGAGCAGAAGAAACACCGGAGGACUCCCAUCGGGAGGAAGAUCUACGAGUUCUACAACACUCCCUUCACCAAGUUUUGGUUCAACACGAUCUCCUACCUGGUUUACCUGAUGUUGUAUAACUACAUCAUCCUGGUGAAGAUGGAGCGAUGGCCGUCUUUACAGGAGUGGAUCGUUAUCUCUUACAUCAUCACUCUGGGACUGGAGAAGGUCCGACAGAUCUUGAUGUCGGAGCCGGGGAAACUGAAGCAGAAGAUCAACGUUUGGUUGGAGGAUUACUGGAACAUCACCGACCUGGCGGCCAUCUCCGUCUUCCUGCUGGGUUUGCUGCUGCGGCUGCAGAGCGAGCCGUCCAUGGGCUACGGACGCGUCAUCUACUGCGUCGACAUCAUCUUCUGGUACAUCCGAGUCCUCGACAUCUUCGGAGUCAACAAGUACCUGGGACCCUACGUCAUGAUGAUCGGAAAAAUGAUGAUCGACAUGCUGUACUUCGUGGUCAUCAUGCUGGUGGUGUUGAUGAGUUUCGGCGUAGCUCGGCAGGCUAUCCUCCACCCGGACGAGGAGCCAACAUGGCGUCUGGCCCGAAACAUCUUCUACAUGCCGUACUGGAUGAUCUACGGAGAGGUGUUUGCAGACUCCAUAGACCUUUAUGCGAUGGAAAUCAAUCCACCGUGUGGAGACAACAUGUACGAUGAAGACGGGAAGAAGCUUCCUCCCUGUAUCCCUGGAGCCUGGCUCACUCCGGCCAUCAUGGCCUGUUACCUGCUGGUCGCCAACAUCCUGCUGGUCAACCUGCUCAUCGCCGUCUUCAACAACACCUUCUUCGAGGUGAAGUCCAUCUCUAACCAGGUGUGGAAGUUCCAGCGGUAUCAGCUGAUCAUGACCUUCCACGACCGUCCCAUCCUGCCUCCCCCCCUCAUCGUCUUCCCCCACAUCUACAUCGUCCUGAAGAGGCUGUGCUGCCGCUGCAGACGGAGGCCGGAGGGAGAUCGCGACGACCGGGAGAGACGACUCCAGCUGGUGCUGAGUGCAGAUGAACUGAAGAGUCUGCAUGAGUUUGAGGAGCAGUGUGUGGAGGAAUACUUCAGAGAGAAAGACGACGAAAAACAGUCGUCCAACAACGAGAGAAUCAGAGUCACAUCUGAGAGGGUGGAGAACAUGUUCAUGCGUCUGGAGGAGGUGAAUGAGAGGGAGCACUCGAUGAAGGCAUCCCUGCAGACAGUGGACCUCCGUCUGGCUCAGCUGGAGGAGUUCUCCAGCCGAAUGAUGAACGCGCUGGAGAAGCUGGCGGGCGUCGACCGGGCCGAGCUCGUCCGCAGUCAUUCCAGAGGAUCGUCCUUCUGCGAGCCAGCCGCUUUGCUGCGACAAUGCAGCAUCAACAGCGGAGACGGAUACAGUCUGUACCGAUACCAGCUGGAGCAUGAUGACAGGAUCACUGUGUCCGGAGACAUGGACGGAAAUGACAGGAGGGUCCAACUGAGUCCAGAGAGACAAGAAAGGACCACGGAGCAAGGACCCACAACAG